GGACAGCUAAAAGCCCAGCAGCAGCAGGGACCGGUUUCCCAGGAACUCACAGCCUUGAAGACAGAGAAUGCCAAUGCCACCGUAUUGCCUGUGGAUGGUAAGAAGGCAGCAGCACUGCAAGAGGAACAGACGGAGAGCACGGGACUCCUCCAAGGCCAGGAGAAGGAGGAGGAGCGGCUGCGAGAUGCCAGCCAGGCAGGGACCACGAGAAUCACCCACAACGUUAACAUCCAGGUGGAAAAGGGAAAAGACCUGGAACUGGAAGAGCAGUUUGAUGCCCUGAGGAGGGAGCACAUGGAGGUCCUGCAAGAGCUCCAGAGAGCACAUGAGCAGGAGAAGCUGCUGCUGGCAGAGUCUCACCACAAGGCCCAGGUGGCCUUACAGGAGAUGAUCCAGGAGCUGAAUUCCCAGCUGAAGUCCUUCCAGGACAGGAUGAAGCGGGUGGAGGAGUCACUCCUGAGCACAGACUACAAGAAGCACAUCCAGGAGCACGGGAGCCCCAGUCCCUUCUGGGAGCAGGAGCUGGAGAGCCUGCACUUUGUUAUCGAGAUGAAGAACGAACAUAUCCACAGCCUGGAUAAGAAGCUGAGUUCAAAGCAGGGGUUGUAGGUGGAGAGGAACCUUCUGCUGGAGGAGAAGGUGAAGACCCUCCAGCAGGAGAAUGAGGACCUGCAGGUUCGCACCCAGAACCACCUCGUCAUGACAAGGCAGCUCUCGGAGGAGCUCCUGGCUGCCCGCGGGGCGCUGGAGAAGGAGGCGCAGCUGCGGGAGCAGGCUCGGCGUGAGAAGGAGCAGCUGCUGUACCGUGUGCUCAACGGGGGGGACGGCUCCCCCUUCCCCAUCGCUGCCGGCGAGGUGCCCCUCAUCACCACGUAG